AUUCAAUGUGUUUAUAUAUUUCAAAGACACUUGGUAUUAACUUAGCGCACAAACUAAAAUUGUUUUUGUUCAAUGAUAAAAAACAUUUGGAUUUCAAAUUACUUCAUUUUUAUCACAUCAAUUUAAAGUAAAACUUCUCUUAUCAUCGAUCAGACACACUAAAUAAAAAAAUAAAUAAAAAAAUAACAAUGCGUGACGGAAAUCCAACCGAACGAACUGCGCUCACCACUGGUGGUGGUGCAGAUUCUUUCGAGAUCACUAUCAAAGACUUAAGAAAGAUAAUGGAUUGUCGUAAAGGAGAAGCAGUCAAAUAUAUCAAUGAAAAAUAUGGUGGAGUUGUAGGAUUAUGUCGAUUGCUGAAAACAUCUCCACAAGAUGGUUUACAUGAAGAUGAUUUUUCUAAACGAAUUAAUGCAUUCGGUGCUAAUGUUAUACCACAACAACGUGCUAAAACAUUUCUACGACUUAUGUGGGAAGCUUUACAAGAUUUAACACUAAUUGUAUUGAUUGUUGCCGCUUUCAUUUCCCUUGCUCUCUCAUUGUAUAUCAAAUAUGGUCAAGCGCCUACAUUCGAUGAAACAGAAGGCCAAGCUGGUUGGAUAGAAGGUCUGGCUAUAUUGAUUGCAGUAUUUGUUGUUGUCUUUGUCGUCGCUUUGAAUGAUUGGCAAAAAGAAAGACAAUUUCGUGGGCUACAGAAUAAAAUUGAAUCAGAGCAUACCUUUUUUGUAAUACGCAAAGGGGAGACAAGACAGAUUGCUGUUAAGGAGAUUGUUGUCGGUGAUAUAUGCCAAGUAAAAUAUGGUGAUCUCUUACCAGCUGAUGGCAUAGUUAUCCAAUGUAAUGAUUUGAAAAUUGAUGAAAGUUCUCUAACAGGUGAAUCGGAUCAAGUGAAAAAGAGUGAGACGAAAGAUCCCAUCCUCCUAUCAGGUACUCAUGUUAUGGAAGGAUCAGGUAAAAUGGUUGUCACUGCUGUUGGACCAAAUUCUCAAGCUGGUAUCAUUUUUGCUCUGUUAUCCUCUGGAGCUGGACAUGAUGACGCUGUUACAGGUACUGAUGGUGGUCAAGAGAAUAAAAAAGACGCGAAAAAAAAGAAUAAGAAAAAUGCUAAAGCUGAUAAGAAUGUCUCCAAUUCAGAUGCUUAUCAAAUGAAGUCAAAGGCAGCAGCAGGCAAUCAAAACGAUGCUGAAGCGACGAAUAAACAGAAACCGAAGAAAAAACCACGUCGUAAAGAACAAUCUGUUCUACAGGCGAAAUUAACUAAACUUGCUAUACAAAUUGGAUAUGUUGGUACAUGUGUUGCUAUAGCUACUGUAUUGAUAUUAGUUAUCAAAUUUUGUGUGCAUACAUUUGCACAGAAUAAAGAACCAUGGCAAACUGGAAAACAUUUAAAACAAAUAGUCAAUUAUAUUAUUACUGGUGUUACAGUUUUGGUUGUUGCUGUACCGGAAGGUUUACCAUUGGCUGUUACAUUAUCAUUGGCCUAUUCAGUUAAACGUAUGAUGAAGGAUAAUAAUUUAGUCCGGCAUUUAGAUGCUUGUGAAACAAUGGGUAAUGCAACAGCCAUUUGUUCUGAUAAAACUGGCACACUGACAACAAAUCGGAUGACAGCAGUACAAUGCUUUAUUGGCAAUAAACACUAUAAGCGGAUACCGACAGCUUCAGAACUACCUGAAGGAGUUAUCAAUACUAUUGUAAUGAAUAUAUCAAUUAAUAGUGGGUAUACAUCGAAAAUUUUACCUCCAGACACUGCAGGUGGUUUACCAAAACAAGUUGGCAAUAAAACAGAGUGUUCUUUAUUAGGCUUUGUUAAAUCAAUUGGACGUAGUUAUGAAGACAUUAGAGCACAAUGGAGUGAAGAACGCUUAUACAAAGUGUAUACAUUCAAUUCUGCACGAAAAUCAAUGAGUACUGUGAUUAAAGAAUCUGAUAAUCCUUUAACAUUUGUAUUAUUCAAUAAAGGUGCUUCUGAAAUGGUUGUAAAAUGUUGUUCAUGGAUGAUGGAUGAACAAGGCCAACCAAGACCAUUUAGCGUUCAAGAUCAAGAACGUUUAACAGAGUCAGUUAUUGAACCAAUGGCUAGUGAAGGUCUUCGAACAAUUGGUAUCGCUUAUAGGAGAAUUACAAUUGCUUCCAAUUCAAAAAGUCCAAACGACUUAGUUAUUCAAAAAGAGCCUAAUUGGGAUGAUGAAGAUCAAUUGUUAGAAGGUCUUACACUAUUAGGCAUAAUUGGUAUUGAAGAUCCAGUUCGACCAGAAGUACCUGCUGCUAUACGUCAAUGUCAAAAAGCUGGUAUCACUGUACGUAUGGUCACGGGGGAUAAUGUGAAUACUGCACGAUCAAUAGCUAUGAAAUGUGGUAUUCUACAACCUGGUGAAAAUUUUCUCGUUUUAGAAGGGAAAGAAUUCAAUCGACGUAUUCGUGACAAAGUGACUGGUAAAGUGAGACAAGAUUUAUUCGAUCAAGUAUGGAUUAAUUUACGAGUGUUGGCGAGAUCUUCACCUCAGGAUAAAUACACCUUAGUCGGUGGUAUUAUCAACAGUCGUGCAGCACCAUCACGUCAAGUUGUUGCUGUCACUGGUGAUGGAACAAAUGAUGGUCCAGCGUUGAAACGUGCUGAUGUUGGUUUCGCUAUGGGAAUAGCUGGUACAGAUGUGGCUAAAGAAGCCUCAGAUAUUAUACUGACAGACGACAACUUCUCAAGUAUUGUUAAAGCUGUUAUGUGGGGUCGUAAUGUCUACGAUUCAAUUACAAAAUUUCUACAAUUUCAGUUAACCGUGAAUUGUGUCGCUAUUAUUGUAGCAUUCGCUGGAGCAUGCUUUUUAGAUGAUAGUCCAUUGAAAGCUAUACAAAUGUUAUGGGUUAACCUGAUUAUGGAUACAUUGGCUAGUUUAGCAUUAGCUACAGAACAACCAUCUCCUGAACUACUCGACCGUGCACCCUACGGACGUACUCAACCGUUAAUCAGUAGACAGAUGGCUAAAAAUAUACUUGGUCAUUCUUUAUACCAGUUGGCUGUUAUCUUUUUCUUAUUAUUUUUUGCUGAUUUAAUCAUGGAAGUUGAUAAUGUGACUGGGAUAACUGUUCAUGAACCAACACAACACUAUACACUGAUAUUUAAUACCUUAGUUUUAAUGACACUAUUCAAUGAAUUCAAUGCUAGAAAAAUACACGGGCAACGAAAUGUAUUCAGUGGACUACAUAGAAAUCCAUUAUUUGUUAUUAUUUGGUUUGUCACCUUUUUAUUACAAGCUUUAAUAAUACAAUUCGGUUCAUAUGCCUUCAGUACAAAACCAUUAGAAUUAGAUCAAUGGGGUUGGUGUUUAUUCUUUGGUGUUGGUGAACUUGUAUGGGGUCAAAUUGUCAAUACUGUACCAAAUGCUAUUAUACCCAAGUGUAAAUGCCGUAAACGUAAAGGUCGUAAACACGCUGGUGCCAAUGAGAAUGCAGCCGAUGAAUACAUUAAAGAUACAAUUGAUGAAGUCGGUGAAGCUUAUGAUGAAGAGGAUGAAAUAUCACCAUUAUCUCUUAGUGGUGAUGAUAUGCCACUUGGUGGACGUAUCCUUUGGAUUCGUGGUGUCAAUCGUAUACAAACACAGAUGCAAGCUAUGAAAGUAGUUGAUGCAUUCCGUAUGGGACUUGGACCACGUAUUGAUUUGGAGCAUCGGCGAAGCGGUGGUACACUGGCGUUUAGACAACGUCAAAAUUCAACAAUUGAAUAUGUGGAUGCUGAUGCACCAGAUGAUUAUUAACUUAUGUCAAUUAAUAAUGUCUUAUGUAAAUGUUUACAUGUGUAUGUGUGUGUCUGUGUGUUUCUAUGUAUGAAUGUGCAUUAGUGUGUGUGUGUAUGUAUGUAUGUAUGUAGGUUUGUAUAAACAAGGUGUGUAUAAUAGUAAUAAUAAUCAUAAUAAUAAUCUGUACUCAGUGUGUUUGCUUGUGCAUGUGUAUGUGUGUGUGGUUAUGUAUUACCUUAGCGAUAAGCUGUAACAUAUACUCCUAGAAAACAUAUACAUACGUAGACCUAAACAUAAUUACGUAAUCAUACUUACAAAACUGUAUCAACUAUGCCUACAUGCACAAAGUCGGACCUACGCACGCACGCAUGCUGCGUAUGGAUUAGGGCUUGAAGUGUUUGAGACGAGUAGAGUGGGGGUGGGAGUUGGCAGUGAUCUUACAACCUCUCAAAAAAAAACGUGUGUAAUUAGUAAAAAUUGUAUCGUAUUGUUUUAUGUCAGUUGCUCUAUGAUGAAAAUAGCCUUUGUUCCUCCUCUAUUGUAUCUUUUUCCAUACAUAUAUACACACACACCUGUAAUCAAUAUCUGUAAUAGAUAUAUUGCAUUCACACAUCCCGGCUUCACAGUGACUUUAAUACUCCGUCCCCUCCUGCCCCUCGCCACCCAAACCCACUGUGUCAUUGCCGAUCUCUUUGGCUCUUCCUUGCUCUUCUGUUUUUUUUUGUGACACAAACUCUCUACUUUUACCCCCCACCCCUUUGGACCUACUACUACUACUACUCACCUUGAUGUACGACGUCACCUCUCUAUUGUCCUGAACAGAAGAUAAUUUUAAUAUUUCAAGCAAUGAAUGAUGAUUAUGGUAUAUAGCCUACUUUUACUUUUAGCACUGACAGUAGUCGUAUCACAAUUUACCACUUAUCUUAUCCAGGUAACACUAACUAUUCUACUCUGUCUUGUUGUGUUGUAUUCUUUGUAUUCACUAUUUUAUUGAUUUACAAUUGCUCAUCAUUUACAACGUUUUACUAUAUAUAUAUAUAUAAGUGUUUAUCAAGUGCUUUAUUCUGCAAUCUAUACGACCUUGACCCUUCCCCAGCGUCGAGCCAGCUCUGUUCCUCUUUGUCUAUCCCGCCUCUCCUCCCACAGCAAUCCACUGCCUCCAUCAAACGCGUCAUCUCCCAUCUCCAUCACAUCCAAUUGGAACAACACACGCAGAGAUAUAUUUUGAACACACUGGCCUGUAUUCAGAAAUGCUUGCUUGACUGCUUACUUACUCACUCACUAACUCACUUAUUACACAUAAUUAAUAACUUACCAUUUAGCCUAUUGCCUUUGUAAUAAUAUUCAUUAUAAUAAUGAUAAUAAUUGAUAAUCAAUAAAUCGAUCAAUUGCUCAUUGAGAAAGAUAUUCAAACAUUUGAAUCCUUUUUUAAAGAAGCAUACCCCACAGAUAUUAGUAACAAUAACCAUAAUAAUAAUGUUUGUAUUCUCGUUUUCCUCUUAUAUGUUACUAUGAAGUGUUUGGGUGGGGUGGUGCUCUGUGUGUGUGUGUGUGUAGUUGUGGUUUUACACUUUCUUUUACACUCACAUAUACGUACGUGUACAGUGUGUGUGCGUGUGUGCCUGAAUUCUUGUUGUCUAGCUUAUUAUGCGGCUGAUGAGGAGUGUCUCUACGAUGUUACUACUAAUACUAUUACCAUCCCUCCUGCUACUGCUGAUUUUUACUUUAUCUUUUACCAACGCGCGUGUUUAUGGGUAUUUUCAAAAAAUACAAUUAAUCAACUAUUGUUAUUUUGUUCCUUUUUUCAUCGAUUAGAAAGUUUGUGUGUUUGUUUAUCCGCUGUUUCCUCACGCGCUUUCUCUCUGUCACACACAUACACACACAAACAAUGUGGUUUUGAUGAUCAUGUAUUCCUUCGAACUUGAUUUCAAAAUAAUGAAAGUGUUGUACUGUUUGUUGUUCAAUUUUGGUAAUGACUUGUGUUCUUGUACGUGUGUGUGUGCAUUUGUGAGAUGGGGGGGGGGUUCUUUUGAAAGAAAUAACUGAAUUCCUUCUUCAAUUUUCUUUGUCUUUUGUUUUCACGCUUCUACUUGCUCCUUUGAGAUCACAUCACACCCACUGUUGAUUGAUCGAUAUAUUUUAGCGCUGUGUAAUUUUGCCAGUAUAACGUAUUACUUUUAACUACUAACUACCAUACAUAUUUGUGUGUGCACAGCAUAUAUAUAUGUAUACAUACAUAUACUUGCACAGAUGUAGUCGGCCAGUCGUGUCUAUACGUGUGUUUGUGCUUUAAAAUCUAGACUCCACUCCUGUUCCGUUGUUCCCCCUACGUUUACAACUCAAAUAGUUCGCCUUAUUUCCGUAGGUAAUUCUAUACACAUAUAUAAAAUAAGAGGUAAUGAAAUCAAAAAUUGUGGACAGACGCAGAGAACAACAUCUCCUAAUCCCCCACACAACGAUCUCUUCAGCCUCUCUCUAUCUCUCUCUGUCCUCCUCUCUGAAUACGUACUUUGUAUAAUCGUUUUUCAUUCUACCUUAUUUUGUGAAUAAUAUUUUUGUUGACACUAUCUGCUACUACUACUACUACUAAUUCCCCUUUUUAAGUAGUUAGUAAUGUACACACAUACACAUACAUGCCUGUGUAUUAGAGUAAUUUUGAUUUCUUUUAGCCUUCAUACAAUAUAAUAUAAUAUAAAUAAAUGUUUUGGCUAUUUUUUUUUAUUUUUUUGACCAUGCCUCCAUAAUAUCUCCCUAUUUAUAUUAUUAAUUGCUUUCCUACUAGCGUGUAUCUGUGUGUCUAUAAUUCGAUAGUUUACUAGCUUGCUCAAAUUUUCAAUUUUUUCCCAACAUAUUUUGUUCAGUUUACAAUAGCUCUGACUUACCUGAAGUACUUUUGUUUUAUAUAUAUGCACACAUUUUGGCGGUUUUAUGAAUGAAGAAUUGCCAGGUAGAGCACAUAGAUUGUGAUUGAAUAAUUUUUUUUGCCUUCUUAUAAUUUUUACAAAUAUGCACCUGUUUGUCUAUCCAUCUACUACAGGUGUGUAUGUCUGUAUCACUUUGAAAUGCAAGCAGCUGCAUUCAUACACUUCUAUCGUCUGCAUUCACACAUGAUUGUAAGAUGAUUGGCUAGGUAAGAGUCUCAGAUGGAUAGAUAGGCAGACAGACUAUAAUACAGUCAGCCCUAUAUGUGUUAUCAAUAAAUGAAUAUGGUAGAGGUGUUUUUGAAUUAUAUUAUCGAUCACUAAUCGUCUUAUUAUUACCAUUAUUAUUACAACCAUUGGUACGUUGCUAUUUUUGCUGCUGUUCCUUUGAUGACGAUGUCAGUCGAUGCUCUACGAAGGCUGCUCUAAAAAUACUGUGACGAUUAGAAAUACGAUGACCACUAAUACUACAAAAAUUGCUUUCUUUAAUACUACUGUCAAUAUCCUUGAUAAUUUUUAUUAUUAAUGGUUGUAAAACCUUUUUGCUCUCUCCUUCCUCCAUACCUUCCCCCACUCCCCCCUGCUCCCGAAUUAACUAACUGUCACUAUUUUUUGCUCCCCGUUUGUCGCACUAAACUACAUUGAUUAUUCGUUUGUUACUAUAAUUAAAAUCAUUAUUAUUAAUAAUACUACUCUUAUUAUUGUUAUUAAUAUUAUUAUUAUCAAACCAACUACUAAUAUUACUGCGAUUAAUAUUAAUAUUAAUAAAAACAAUAUUAAUAAUAAUACAACUGAUUCUUUCCUGUCGUUGCUG